AGGCAAAUCAUCUUGGCUCAAGCAGCUUUCGGUCGCGUCGGCCGCUGGCACGUGUUCUGAGCCUGCUGUCGAUGGGCAACAUCUGCGAUCGCCGAUCGUCGGAAGCCGAAGGCGCUGGCGCCGGCAGGAGCGCAGGCGGCAAGGCGGUGGUUUGGCUGCACGGCCUCGGCGACACUGGGGAUGGGUGGAGAGGCGCCUUUGGCUCGCUCCGAGGGGUGGAGUUCCAUCAUCCCACAGCGCCGACCAGACCAGUGAGUUGCAACAGCGGAAUGCGGAGCACGUCGUGGUUCGACAUCCAGGACAUCCCCGUAGAUCUCUCGGAGCCAGAGGGCCCGCGAGACAUGGACACCUCCGUGGAGCAGGUGCACGGCAUGCUGCGGGACCUCGAGGCGAAGGGCGUCCCAGCUGGCAGCAUCGUGCUCGGAGGAUUCUCGCAGGGCGGCGCCGUUUCGCUGUCAGCCGGUCUGUCGUACCCGCGUGCGCUCGGGGGCGUCGUGUCCAUCAGUGGUUGGUGUGUCAACCGGGAGGACGUGACAUCGUGGAUGAGCGAGGCCGGAAGGCGCGCUCCAGUGCUCAUGUGCUGCGGUGACGGGGACCCCGUCGUGGACUUCAGCAUCACGGGGGAGUCCGGCAGGCUGCUGCAGGAGGCGCUCGGCGACUCGGUGCAGGUGCUCUGCCCCGAGCGCGAGAUGCACCAGCCCAGUCGGGAGGAGAUGCGCGCGGUGCUGCAGUUCAUGCAGAAGCAAACUCAAGUGACCCGGACGGCACGCGGUGUGCCAAGUGGGCGCCUGUCGCGCGGCUCCGCCGACGAGUGCGAGCUUGCCGCGAGGUUGGGGCUCGUGGCCGGCCGCCGGCUUGCCAGCGGUCUGUCAGCUGGUCCUCGCCCACCAAGAAUGGCCCUCUCGAUCAAGCAGCGUCGAAGCGUCUUGGUUCGCCUAUAGCCCCACCAAACAAUUUCCUAAGAAUCUUUUCGUUUCGUGGGGGGAACUGCACUGCCCCGCCACGGCUGCUUCGUAAAGGCACGGGGAGAUCAGGCCGGCUCGUCCCGCCCAGACGGGCACGGCGCUACCCGCAGAAGGACCGGGUGGGUUGCACUCGCUCGCUCUUCCCCGCC